GGCGGUGGCGGCAGCGACGGCCGCGCAGCCCCGCGGAAUGGAGCGGCGCCGGGGCUGAGCCAGGCGCGCACGGGCCGCCGCAUGUGCCGUGCGGGGAGCGGCUGCCGAGCGGGCGGAAAGCGAGCGCGAGAGGCCCCGUCGGAGCGGCCACCGGAGCAGCGCCGGAGAUGGGAGAACAGCCUAUCUUCACCACCCGAGCGCACGUCUUCCAGAUUGACCCCAGCACCAAGAAGAACUGGGUGCCUGCAAGCAAGCAGGCGGUCACUGUAUCCUACUUCUACGAUGUCACGAGGAACAGCUAUCGGAUCAUCAGUGUGGAUGGAGCCAAGGUGAUCAUAAACAGCACAAUCACUCCGAAUAUGACUUUCACCAAAACGUCACAGAAGUUUGGGCAGUGGGCAGACAGCAGAGCCAACACCGUGUUUGGUUUGGGAUUUUCCUCCGAGCAGCAGCUGACAAAGUUUGCAGAGAAGUUCCUGGAAGUGAAAGAAGCUGCAAGACUAGCCAGAGACAGGUCCCAGGAGAAAAUUGAGACCUCUAGUAAUCAUUCCCAAGAAUCUGGGUGUGAAACACCAUCUUCUACUCAGGCCUCCAGUGUCAAUGGGACGGAUGAUGAAAAGGCCUCCCACGCGGGCCCUGCUGACACACAGCUGAAAUCUGAGAAUGACAAGCUGAAGAUCGCCUUGACACAGAGCGCUGCCAACGUGAAGAAAUGGGAGAUUGAGCUGCAGACCCUGCGGGAGAGCAAUGCCCGGCUGACCACGGCGCUGCAGGAGUCAGCGGCCAGCGUGGAGCAGUGGAAGAAGCAGUUCUCUAUCUGCCGUGACGAGAACGACCGGCUCCGCCACAAGAUCGACGAGCUGGAAGAGCAGUGCAGUGAGAUAAACAGAGAGAAGGAGAAAAAUACCCAGCUGAAGCAUAGGAUUGAGGAGCUGGAGUCAGAACUACGGGAGAAGGAGACGGAGUUGAAAGAUCUCCGAAAACAAAGUGAAAUCAUACCUCAGCUCAUGUCAGAGUGUGAAUAUGUCUCCGAGAAAUUAGAGGCAGCAGAGAGGGACAAUCAGAACCUGGAAGACAAAGUGCGGUCUCUAAAGACGGACAUUGAGGAGAGUAAAUACCGACAGCGCCACCUAAAGGUAGAGUUGAAGAACUUCCUGGAGGUGCUGGACGGGAAGAUCGAUGAUCUCCAUGACUUCCGCAGAGGCCUCUCCAAGCUGGGCACGGACAACUAGGACUGGUCAUAGGCCUCGGCUGCGCGUUAGCCCCACGUGUGUGAGACAAAGUAGGACUAGGACGUUCUUCUGUUUGCAUUGCUUCUGUAAAUGCAGGCACAGUUUGUCGUGUUUCCAAACCAGUUGUGCCGUCCACUCAACUCCUCAGAUUAGAAAUCUCCUCUCGCUUCUCUGGCCUUGUGAGGUUGUGGACAACUGGAAGAUUCUGACUCAGGAAUCUAGAACUAGGUCUACCUUAAACGUUUAUGUAGUCAGGGCAGGGACAUUUAUAUCUUUUUUAAGGGCUGUUGCAACCAUAUGAACUGGAAAAAAAAAAAGUGUUUUCUAAUCCAAAUAUGAAUAUUCUCUACACCAGGCUGUUUUGCUCCUUUUAUUGACUGGCGUUCAGACUACUUGAAUGUCCACUAGGCCCCAGUCCAUGGGGGCAUGAAAGUAACAGUUCCUUCUUAGUAAAUAUUGAUGUGCUUUAAAGGAACCACAGAGGAGAGGCUUGUCCAGAGAAAGGAAGAAAGCAAGUUUCUGGUGGGUGCAUUUUCUGGCACGGGACUUGCCUGCACCCAUCAGUACCCCUCCCACCCAGUUUGUACGGUUGCGACUAUGUUCCUUUUAGUGGUUUUCGUUUCUGAGCAGAUGGCUGUGCUGUGGGAACAGCAUGCAGGGAGGGUGCCUAGCACAGUGUCUGACACAAGUAGGUGCUUAAUAAAUAUUUGUUCAAUAAAACAUAUAAACAGAAUUUAGUGUGUUAAUCAAACCCCACAGCAGAGUUCAUCCCUGUGAAUGGUACGCCAUCUUUGUUGUGCUGGGUAGUUACAGGCAUAAAUGCAACUAACUGUAUGGCCAAACCCAAGGAAUGCCUCAGCGGCCAUGGAGCAGGAAGGGUGGCAGUGGAGGAUGCAGGAGCUGAUGCUAAGCCCCUGGGGGUCUCUGAUGUUGGGACCACCCUUCUCCUAUGGCCUAGGGGUUCCAGGACCCCUGGCUGUCUGUGGUGUAGGGGCUGCCUGGGUCUUGGGAUCUAGGGUGGGAUUCUACGUUGAGUUUGCACAGUUGAAGCCUGUGAAAUCCCACAGGCCCAUGAGGGAGAGAGAGUCAGGUCAACUGGCUGAGCCUUUGCCUUAGGACAGAAGAGUACUGCUCAGGUCUGUCUCCACCCUUCCCAGUGCCUGCUGAAGACGGUACUGGAGCCAUAACCCUCUCUCCCCCUUACAGAGUAUCUGAGGGCACUGUUGGCAUCCUCUUUUGGGAGAGACUGGCCCAUGCACGGCAGGAAAUUUCACAUCCCUGGCCCCACACGUAUCUAAAUGCCUUCUGGUGGCUUUGGCGCUCCCUUCCCCCUUUGAGAACCACUUAAAAGAACUUUCUCCUCUAGAUAAUGUUCUCCAACAGUUAGAAUUUCUCCUACUGAAUUUGGAUUAGUGGGUGCACAGCCUGAGAAGGGGGAUAGGGAUAUACCCAGAUGUGACCUGGGCCCCAAGGUGAACCUUCAGUCUUCGGUUCUCCUUCAUCUAGUUGAGACCUUCUCUCUGAGCAAGGAGGUCUUGUUUGGGAUGGGAAAGGAGGGAAGGCUUUUGAUCUAGAGCACCAAGGCACAUUAGGGGAGACCCCAUCGGUGGCAUGGGGCCACAUGGGGGCUUUAGUUGAGUUCACUGGACUCUUGGGGAGUGCAGAAAAGGGAGAGCGGAGGGAGAAGAGCAGACAGGAAAUGGACAGUGUGGUCAGCCCUCUUGGUGACUGGGGUAAGAUGGAGCUGGCCCUGCCCUUUCCCCAGAGUUUCAGUUAGCUCUUAUGACAGUUGACAAUGGUAACAGCUCCCUACUGUCCACGUCAGGACCCUGGAGAGCUGAGCUGGAAGUGAGUCAGCCACCACCGCUGUCUGUUAGGUGACUGACUGGCACAUCUUCAGGUAACACAUUCGUAGGAGAGGAGGGUCCUUUGCUAAAGCCUUUUGUGCAUUCCAGUAGCAGUGACUUAGGGAAGAAAACAUGGGAAGUGGUGGAGCCAUUGCCAUGGCUGGCUACUGUGUCCCUCUGUGGUUGAGACCCAUGGUCUGGCCUCAUCAUCAUUGAAGAGUUUGACAAGCACCUUGCGGAUAGUAGGUGAAGAACAGAGAUAGAUUCUCCUUACUAUGAGGGCUCACCUAGCUCUAAAGCUAUUGCAAUCUAAGAGUGAAAAGCAGUAGGGACACCUUUAAAGGGGAAGGUAAGUUGGGUUUGAAAUCCCUGAGUGGUGCAAACAGUUUAGACGCUGGCUGCUAACUGAAAGGUUGGAGGUUUGUGUUCACCCAGAGGCGUCUUGGAAGAAAGACCUAGUGAUCUACUUCUGAAAAAUCAGCCAUUGAAAACCCUGUGGAGGACAGUUCUACUCUGACACACAUGGGGUCACCAUCAGUCAGAAUCACCUUGAUGGCAGCUGGCUUUUAAGUUAGGUUCAUCAGUGACAGCACAACUUUCAGAAAGCGCUGGACUUUCCAUUCUUUCUACUUUAAAGACCUUGAUGUUUCUUCAUCUACUUUAAAAAAAGAAAAAAAUUAGCGGCCUGGGAACAACCUGGUGGAGGCUUGCGGACAGUCAGUUAAGAGAUUGGCUGUGUCUGGUAGCCUCUGGUGCUGUGAAGAUUCAGUACAAAGAAAUUGACCCUUGAAUUCAUCCUGGUGUUCACCUGAGCCAGUUUAGCAUGCCCCCUUCAUUGUCAAGUCCAGCCACGGUCUCAGCAGUGAUGUCCUCUGCUCAUCGUUGUCUUAGGCCAAAUGCACUCGUGAACAUCAAACCAUGCUGAGCUGUCCAGGAGACUUAGAGCUAGGAUGUUGCAUUUUUGGUUUCUGAGUGGUGUCUCCUGAUUCUGACAUCUCCUUCAAGACUAGUUGCUGCUUCCUUGAUCGUCUUGCUCUCUGCAGUUGUGAAAUCUGGGGCCUGAAAGAGGCAAAGCAAAACUUGGAACCCUUUAGCCAGGAUGAUCCUUAAAAAUAACUGUUUUCAUUCCAGUAAAGACCCACUGCAUACACUUAAAAGUUGAAAGUGGUGAGUGGAUAUGUAAAACCGCCAGAGUGACAGGUGAGGACAGCGUGGUCAGGCCUCGACGGCAAAGAACACCAGCGACCCUACAGACCUUGUGGGAUACAUCAUUUUCAUACUCUCCUACAGGCCAUAGCUUUCAACCUUAAUUUGCUGGGAGAAUUGAGUGGAUAGCAUAACCUCAUUUCUCAGACAGGAAGUGGAAACAGGAGAAGGGUAAGUGGCGUGCCCAGGGUCCCCCAGUUAGUCAGCAGCAACAUGAGCCCUGCAUCCAGGUCUCCCGAA